UUUUGCAUUUUCGUUCGUUUAUCGCGUACUCGCGUGACGUGUCCACCAUCAUAAGCAAAGUUAGCGUGAAAGAUCACGCAAUAAUUAAUUUUUUGAAAUACAGAAAAUGUGAAAUUCGUGGUCAUGAUUUUAUCAGAUUUAACGAAUAUAUUCCGAAAUUUUCGCAAUCUGAAGCUAAGCCUGUUCAUUUUUCUUUUGAUUUUGGGAACAACAGUUGUUAUUGUUGCAAGUGAUGGAGAAUCUAACCUCCAAGAUGACAGCAUUACCAAGACAAACUCGGUUGCAUCAGAUUUUAACGGCAAUGCAGCUAAAGACAAGACGAAAAAUGAGAAUACGAAAAACACAGUUAAUGAAACUAGUCAAAAUGCGGUGCUACAACCUUCUAAGUCAUCAGUAACCACAGAUAUAUCUGCAGCUUUUUCAUCGGUUAAUGCAGUCAGCAACCAAGCUGUAAAUACUGCUACGAUUCGAUCACUAAGUACAUCAUCUGUACACAGUAUCAUUGAAGAGAGUAGUCCGUCUAAUUCAUCAGUAUCAACACAAAGUAGCGAUGCGGCUAAUAUUACAAAUACUAGUACAACAACGGUUGUACCACCUGCAGAGCCUGUCUUACCGGACAAAGGUUCUGCUGAAGAAGAGCACAAUAGUUCAAUGUCUAUAUUUUUUGUACUUUGCGUCCUUGCAAUAGGUAUUUUAUUAAUACACUUGAUGCUACAAACUAAUUUUCAGUAUUUACCAGAAUCAGUAGUCAUAGUUUUUCUGGGCGGUGCUAUAGGAAUGAUUAUUAAUUUAAUGUCUCACCAAAAUAUUGCUAAUUGGAAGAAAGAAGAGGCUUUUUCUCCUACAGCAUUUUUCUUAGUAUUACUGCCACCUAUCAUCUUUGAAUCAGGAUAUAAUUUACACAAAGGAAACUUUUUCCAAAAUAUUGGAAGUAUAAUGGUUUUUGCUAUAUUUGGCACAGCUAUCUCUGCUUUUGUUAUUGGAGCAGGAAUUUAUCUUUUAGGAUUGGCGCAAGUUGCUUACAAAUUGAGUUUUGUUGAGAGUUUUGCUUUUGGAUCAUUGAUAUCAGCUGUUGACCCCGUAGCUACUGUAGCUAUUUUUCAUGCUCUCGAUGUAGAUCCAGUCUUAAAUAUGUUGGUCUUUGGAGAAUCAAUAUUGAAUGAUGCUAUAUCUAUUGUCUUAACAACUUCAGUAUUGGAAUCAAACAGCGCUGCAACAACUGGUGAAGCUAUUAUUUUAUGUUUGAAUAGAUUCUGCUUAAUGUUCUUUGCUUCGGCUGGUAUUGGAGUAGUUUUUGCAUUGAUUAGUGCAUUACUUUUAAAACACUUUGAUCUUCGUAAAAAUCCGUCCUUAGAAUUUGGACUUAUGCUGGUUUUUACCUAUGCACCCUAUGUACUAGCUGAAGGAAUACAGUUAUCAGGAAUCAUGGCAAUCCUUUUCAAUGGUAUUGUGAUGUCUCAUUACACUCACUUUAAUCUUUCAACUGUAACCCAGAUAACGAUGCAACAAACAAUGAGGACUCUAGCCUUCAUAGCUGAAACAUGUGUGUUUGCCUACUUGGGUCUAGCUUUGUUCAGUUUUCGACACAGGGUUGAACCAGCAUUAGUUAUUUGGUCUAUAAUAUUGUGCCUUGUGGGAAGAGCAGCAAAUAUCUUUCCCUUAGCUUUUCUCGUUAAUAGAUUUCGGGAGCAUCAAAUUACAAGGAAAAUGAUGUUCAUAAUGUGGUUUAGCGGUUUGCGCGGAGCAAUUUCGUAUGCUUUAUCGCUUCAUUUAAACUUUAGCGACGAAACGCGGCAUGUAAUCAUCACAACAACGUUGAUCAUAGUUCUUUUUACUACGUUAGUUUUUGGCGGAUCAACUAUGCCGUUAUUGAAAUUCAUGCGCGCUGAGAAGAAGCCAAGAAGUAGUAGACGAAAACGAAGAGAGAAGGAAAUUUCACUUAGUAAAACGAGAGAAUGGGGUCAAGCCAUUGAUUCUGAGCAUCUUUCUGAACUAACUGAAGAAGAAAUGGAAGUAUCUUUCCUUCAAUCUCGGAUUCGGGGUUUUGCACGAUGGGACCUGAAGUUUUUCAUUCCAUUUUUUACGCGGCGAUUUACACAGCAGGAACUUAAAGAUUGCAAAUCUCAAAUGACAGAUUUAACAAAUCAAUGGUAUCAGGCUAUUCGUAUUAGUCCAGUAGAGUCAGAUGAUGAUGCUACUACCGUGUCUUCAAUGCAAUUGCAAAACAAUGAUAAUGCAUUUGCUGAAAGCCAAAAUGGGAUGCGAGACACAAAGAAAGAACGUCCUAGUCAUGGUUCUAUUUUAAGUAUCUAGUACUUAACAUGUUUGAUGGAACUUUGUGUGAGUGCCAAAAGAAUUACAGUAUAUAUUGCUUUCUAGUGACAAACAAGUAUGACGAUUUGAAACGCACACGUUAUUUUAAAUGAUAGUUUGACUACAUAUUAGUGUGUCUUAUUUCAAAGGAUCAUAAUUUAGUAUUACCUUUAACAAGAAAGUUAUUGUGAUUUAUUAUAGAAACGAUUAAUUUAUCUUCACUUGUUAUUUCAUUUAAUGAAAUUCUAAUGCUUUCAAGUAUUUAAUAAAACUUAUUGAUCGUGAAAUGAAAUAAUCAAAAACUAAUGCUGCUGAAUUUUAUAAUUUUAUUUUCUCAUGCUAUUGUCUAAAGAGUCUAUUUCUAAUAGAAUUUUAAAAUAUUAUUGUGAUAAAAGAAAUAUAUAACAUAAUACUUAUAUUCUCAGAAACAGUUUUUACUACUUCACGAUUUUCUAAGCCACGAAAGUUGUGCAAGACUUGUAUACGUAAGAUGUAUAUCAAUUGUAUAUAUAUAUAAGAACAAUUUUAUUAAAAACUCAAAGUUUAAUUCUGCUAAAGAUUUAUUGAACAUCUUGUAAAGCUUUGUCUUGUGAAAAUGUACUAACAUAUGUAAUUAUAAUUCAAAGCGGCUGUACUUGUACAAUAAAAUGUUAUGUUUUUGAAAU